ACGGCUGGGGUGAGAGGUCAAUACGGGGUAUACCUGAAUGAUCUGGUAGCCGUGCAAACAGAAUCGACCAGACACAAAGUCCUGAAGCUGGAGGUAUGAGACUGUAAGUACUACUACUGGUUGACAACCAGAGCUCCAUCCUCACCGGGUCUCUGGAGCAGCCGAAGCCCGGAUAAAGGCCACCUUUUCUGGGGUGAUUCUGCCAGUACCACCCCCUGGGGGCCUCUUGCCAUGGAUCUUCUUCACAGCUGGGGGGUGAGCCUUGCGGUUCACCUCCAAACGGACUAUAAGUCGUACGAGGGCUGGUUCCAGUUUGCGUCCACGGUGGCUGACCUGCACACAGCCUACUUUGUUUUGUUCCCCGUCUGGUUCCACCUGAGCAGGAACGUUGGCAUCAAGCUCAUCUGGGUGGCUGUCAUUGGGGACUGGAUCAACCUCGUCCUCAAGUGGGUUCUCUUUGGUGAAAGGCCCUACUGGUGGGUCCAUGACACCAAGUUCUACGGUGCGGACGCGAGACCAUCCUUGGAGCAGUUCCCCAUCACAUGUGAAACAGGCCCAGGAAGUCCUUCGGGUCACGCCAUGGGGGCUGCAGGGGUGUGGUAUGUGAUGAUAACAGCUGUUCUAUCAAUGGCUGCCAAGAAGAAAACACCCUUUCUGCUCCACAGUCUUUUGCAGGCUGCCCUGCUGGUCCUGUUCGUCCUGAUAGAGCUCAUCGUGUGCAUGUCCAGAGUGUACAUGGCCGCCCACUUCCCUCAUCAGGUCAUCAGUGGAGUCAUAUCAGGUCUCAUUGUUGCUGAGGUGUUCUCCAGGGUGCAGUGGAUCUACAGCGCCAGCAUGAAGAAGUACUUCGGCGUCAUGCUCUUCCUCACCUCCUUCGCCGUGGGCUUCUACGUGCUGCUGAAGGCCGUGGGGGUGGAUCUGCUGUGGACCCUGGAGAAGGCCCAGACCCACUGCAUCAACCCGGCCUGGGUGCACAUGGACAGCACACCCUUCGCCAGCCUGCUCCGCAACAUGGGCACGCUGUUUGGCCUGGGCCUGGGCCUGCACUCGCCUCUGCGCACCGAGACCAAGAAGAGCAGCGGCGCCACCUACAGGGCUGGAUGUAUAAUAGCAUCGUUACUCUUAUGUUGGCUGCUGGACAAUUUCACCUUCUCGUCAAAGAAUCAAGAGCUGUUCUAUCUGCUGUCGUUUUGCAAGAGCGCUGCCACCAUUUUAAUUCCUACUACUUUAGUGCCCGCUGGCCUGACAAGGCUACUAAACAGCAAAGGAGAUGAAAAGAUGCUUUAA